UAAUUUACAUUUACAUUUCAUGAUUUACAUUUACAUUUCAUGAUUUACAUUUACAUUUCAGGAUUUACAUUUACAUUUCAUGAUCCUGUGUUGCAGUGCUUCAUGAAAUGUCAAACUGUCAAACUCGCCCAUCAAAGUUGGUAGGCGGAUCCUAACGCCUGAUUGGUUACCCUGCGCAUCAAGUCAAGGCAAAUCAAUUCCAGAUAAUGCAUUGACGCAGAGCGAGUGAACACAUUCGGUUUACAAAAUGUCUAAAAGCUGCCCGGAGCUGCUGCGAGAAGCCGCUAAUUUAAUAGAAGAGGCUCUGAGCAGAACUCCUCCGGCUCCGACGGCUCAGUCACAGCAGACACCUGCUGCUCCAUUACGUACACCCGUCCAAGCUGAGGUAGCAAGGCUCUUUGCGCCGUAUAACGGCGGAGCCAGAAGAAAUGUCACGAGACGACCAGCUCAAGUCCAAGUGAGUCGAAGAAGCUAUACACACACUGUGUGUUGUUUGGCUGACCACAAGGCGGAUAAAGUCCCAAGCGUACAGCUUAAAGCGGACCUUCAUACUUCAGGACUUGGAGAGCACAAAGUGACAUUUUCAGGGAAUGACAGCGAUCCCAUGGUCAUAACAAACAAGUUGAUGGAAGUAUUUCCGAAGCUCCAAGAAGGGGGAGGCUUCGAAUUUUUAAAAAUUGCAGGAUCUACACGGAGUCGAAAUCUGGCAUUGCUUCAGUGUCCCAGCACUGGAUACACGCUUGCCUAUCUAAAGGAUCCAGCUUCGAUGAUUGGACAGGCUACAAUCUUCAUUCGUCCGCUUCAACAGGAUCUACCCUUCGAUUGUGAGAGCUCAAGUUCUGCCUCUGGUCCAGUCAUCCCCUGCAUCACCUGUCAGAAGGAGGUUCCCUUUUCAGAGAUGAAGCUGCACAGAUUGAGCUGCAAUGGGACACCCAUGCAGGAAUCAGAGAAAGAACAAGAGGGAGGCCAAAGUGAUAGUGAGACCGUCAGUGACAGUGUUCCAGUGAGGCCUGGAACAUCAGCUGAAAGUGCAGAAGUGCCAGCAGUGAUGGUCAACGAGGAGCUGGAUAGUAAAGAAGCAGACAGCGGUUUGUGUCAUCACGAUAGGGUUGCUAUAACUGAGCAACUGAAACAAAGUCAAUAGAAAAAUAACACGAUAUAAUUAGAUAAGAUAAUACAGUUACAGACAAUUAACCUCUUAAACCCGAGCGCCCCCGGGGGCGGGGGCAGCUGCACCAACGUGUGCUGUAAACAGCUGUAAACAGCACCACCAUGCUCCAACAUGUCCAUGUUGCAUACCCACGUAACGGGAAGAAGCUCGGCUAAAAGCCCAUGAUAACCA